AUGGCCGGAGAUGAAAAUUUGCCGGAGCGAGUCAGUGAUACAAAAGCCUCUUGCGACAAGAGUGACUCAAAGGAGCACACACAGGACAACACCAAUAAUCCACAUCCGGACUCAAAUUACAAAACAUGUUGGGUGGCGGAAAAUGGGGUCUGUGAACGGGACACAGGAGACAUCCGGCAACAGAACCCUUUGAAAGUGAAUAACCCCAUACAGACUUCAGUAGUAGGGAGCAACGGGUACAUAUUAAACAAAUCUAUUGGCCUUCAGCAGCCUUUACGGACUUCUGGUUCCCCGCUGAGCGGGCAUGCCGCAAAGACUUUGCCCGGAGCAGCUAACAAAGCUAAGGCAGUCACCAGUGCACAUGUACCCCCAUCACUUUCUCCAACACCACCACAAGCGGGCGAUCAGGUCAGGGAUGACAGCCCAAGGUCAACAGACUCGCCUGCCCCAGACUUGAAAAUACACCGAGCACGGAAAACCCUACCGAAGACUGGUUGCAGUUCGCCUCAACAUAAAGACUCCCAGGAAUUGACAGAACAAGAGGAAGCCAAGGAAGAAAGCACACCCAAAAAUAGUUUGGAGGUUGCAAAUCCUUCAUCGCAGCCUCAGUCCAAUGCACUACAAGAGCUUCUACCUCAGGGUCAGAGCAGCAUGGCACUGGCAAAAGCUCAGUCUGCUGCUGCAGUGUCUCGAAAAAAGAAGCGACGGAUGGGAACAUACAGCCUGGUGCCCAAGAAAAAGGCCAAAAUGCUGAAGCAACGAACAGUUCUGGAGAUGUUUAGGAGCAUGACCAAUGCCUCCUCCAGUCCCAAGAGUGACAAGGAUUCGGAGGUUCCACAUCUAAAUGGUGAGAACCUGGAGAUGGACUCUGAUGAUGAGGACUCCGAGGACCCUGAAGAGGAGGAUUACCACAGUGGCGAACCAAGCAUCUCUGAGCACCAGGAUGAUCUUCCAGCAGCAUCAGAAGGCACACCAGAGUCAGACAACCUAAAGAAGGUGGAUGAUUUGGAAUCGGAUGGUGAUGAAGAAGCAGAAUCUAUGGAGUCACAAGAAGAGGAGGAAGAGGAUGGGAAUGAAUCUGAUUUAAGCUCAGAGUCCAGUCUUCAGAAGAAAAGUCAAUCAAAGCACAAAGGGAGUACUGAGAACCCAUGGAUGAAAGCUGCAAAGACAAGGAGAGGGAGAACCAAAGCAAAGGCCAAUCCAGUAGAUGAUACCGAGAGUCAAGAGACCAGCGCUGAAUAUACAGAGGUGUCAUUGGAUUCUCUGGACCUACGAGUAAAAGAAAUCUUAUCACCUCAAAAAGGUCUUCCCAAUGGGUCUGACAACAUGGAGGUGGAUGGGCUUCAAGGAAUUCCCCUUUGUAGCUGCCGGAUGGAGACCCCUAAAGAGGAUGAGCUGCUGACAAAAGCUGGAGAUCGAUGCAUGGCUGUUGAGAGCUCUGAUCAAGAGUUGAACCGGUGUGUGAGAGAGGUGGUGAAGCAGGAAGUAAUGAGACCAUCGAACAAGGUGCGACACUUGGUGUUGUGUGAAGACCACCGCGGGAAGAUGGUCAAACACCAGUGUUGCCCUGGCUGUGGAUAUUUCUGCACUGCUGGCACAUUCAUGGAGUGCCAACCAGAAACCAGCAUUUCCCACCGCUUCCACAAAGCUUGUGCCACUCAAGUCAACAAUGCCAGCUACUGCCCACACUGUGGCGAGGACGUCUCGAAGGCCAUAGAGGUUACCAUUGCAAAAGCUGAUACCACCUCAACAGUGUCCACUAUAGCCUGCGAGCCAGAAAAAGAGGUCCCUGCUGAGGGACAAGCUGACACGACAACAGAGAGUGAUGUUUCAGCAGAGAAAGUUGUGGACGAGUCGAAGGCAGAAGCACCACCACUUCAGACCUGUGAGACUGCUGAACCACCUAACACAGGGAAAUCGCCAAUCCUGUCUCAGGGACAUGUGAAAGAGACUCUGGAAACUGCUCUACUUGCUUUGGACUCAGAAAAGCCAAAGAAAUUACGCUUCCACCCCAAACAGCUGUAUUUUUCUGCAAGGCAAGGAGAGCUACAGAAAGUCUUAAUGAUGCUUGUUGAUGGCAUUGACCCCAACUACAAGAUGGAGCAGCACGGGAAGAGAACACCAUUGCACGCUGCUGCGGAGAUGGGUCAUACAGAUAUCUGCCACAUGCUUGUUCAGGCUGGUGCUAACUUGGAUAAUUGCUCUGAGGAUCAGAGGACACCCCUGAUGGAUUCAGCUGAGAACAGUCAUUUGGAAACCGUUAGGUAUCUGGUCAGAGCUGGAGCUUUGCUUGAUCCCAAAGACUCUGAAGGUUCCACAUGUUUGCAUUUGGCUUCCAAAAAGGGCCAUUAUGAUGUAGUGAAAUAUCUGCUGAGCAAUGAGCACAUGGAUGUCAACUGCCAGGAUGAUGGUGGUUGGACACCGAUGAUUUGGGCCACAGAAUACAAACACUUGGAACUCGUUAAGCUGUUACUAUCCUGCGGAGCUGACAUCAAUAUCCGGGACAAUGAGGAAAACAUAUGUCUGCACUGGGCAGCUUUCGCCGGAUCAGUUGAAAUUGCUGAGAUCCUUCUGGACUCAAAAUGUGACCUUAGAGCUGUCAACAUUCAUGGCGACUCCCCACUUCACAUUGCUGCCCGGGGAGAACAGAUACGAAUGUGUUACACUUUUCCUUGCUCAUGGUGCCGAAGUGAACUUGAGGAAUAAGGAGGGUGAAACGCCAGUGGAGUGCUGCAACCCCAGUUCUCAAGUCUGGGCAGCUUUAAAGAAGAGUAGUAGCACAUCAGAGAGACCCAAGAUAGAAGAGACCAUGCUCAACCGGGAUAUUUCGAGGGGAUACGAAAACAUCCCAAUACCAUGUAUUAAUGGCGAAGACUCUGAACCUUGUCCCAUCAAUUACAAAUAUGUGUCGCAGAACUGUGUGACCUCCCCGCUGAACGUAGAUCGAAACAUAACCCAUCUUCAGUACUGUGUGUGUAUAGAUGACUGCUCAUCUGGAAACUGCAUGUGUAGCCAGCUCAGCAUGCGGUGUUGGUAUGAUAAGAGUGGACGUCUUUUGCCGGAAUUCAACAUGGUGGAACCCCCACUUAUAUUCGAAUGUAACCAUGCUUGCUCUUGCUGGCGGAAUUGUCGCAAUCGUGUGGUACAGAAUGGUUUGAAAAUCAGAUUACAGCUUUUCCGGACCAAGAACAAAGGCUGGGGAGUGCGGUCUCUACAGGACAUUCCCGCAGGGACGUUUGUGUGCGAGUAUGUUGGGGAACUGAUUUCAGACACUGAAGCAGACGUGCGUGAAGAUGACACCUUCCUGUUUGAUUUGGACAACAAAGACGGUGAGGUUUACUGUAUCGAUGCUCGAUUUUAUGGAAACAUCAGUCGCUUCAUCAACCAUCUCUGUGAGCCCAACCUUCUUCCUGUCCGUGUGUUUAUGUCCCACCAAGACCUGCGUUUCCCGCGGAUCGCCUUCUUCAGCAGCCGACAGAUCUGUUUUGGAGAGGAGAUUGGGUUUGAUUAUGGUGAACGUUUCUGGGACAUUAAAGGCAAACUUUUCAGCUGUCGCUGUGGCUCUCCCAAAUGCAAACACUCUGUGCUGAAAACUGCCCCACCAUGCCAGCCUGACACCCCAGCUGAAGCACCACAAGAAAACGGGCUGCCUGACACCAGUUCCUCUGGCCUGCUCAGCCAGUCUUGA